AUGGUAUUAGAGGAAUUGAGGGUAGAUGCAUCUUACAGCAAAUGUUGGAGGGCGAAGGGGAAGGCUCUGGAGGGCAUAUUUGGAUCGGAUGAUGAGUCUUACGAGGAUCUUCCUUGUUAUGUGCAUGUUUUAAAAGAAGCUAAUCCAGGAACUGUUACUGAUAUUAAAACUGAAGUCAUGGAAGACGAGAGAGAAAGGUUUCUUUAUAAGUUUCUGGCUUUCGGGGCAUCCAUAGAAGGUUUUAAGAAGCUUAGGCGUGUUCUUGUUGUGGGUGGGACCCAUUUGAAUGGGAAAUAUAAUGGUGUCCUUUUGACAGCAAGUGGACAAGAUGUUAAUUUCCAGGUUUUUCCUCUAGCGUUUGCUGUGGUUGACAGUGAAAAUGACGAUGCUUGGACGUGGUUUUUUGAGAAGUUGGAACGAAUAAUUGCGGAUAGUAAGAGUUUGACCAUAAUUUCAUAUAGAAACAGCUCAAUAUACACUACAAAGAAGAGGGUGUUCCCGAUGGCACAUCAUGGAGCUUGCAUAGUACAUCUAGCCAGGAAUUUUAAUGCGAAGUUUCAUAAUAAAGUACUUGCGCAACUUGUGACGAAUGCAGCGUUCGCCAAUAAGGUAACUGGUUACCAAGAUAUCUAUAGACAAAUCAAAGCGAAAAAUGCCAACUGUGUCGCCUAUUUGGAUAAAAUUGGAGCAGCUCACUGGAGUCGAGCUUAUUUUCAAGGUAACCGCUACAAUCUGAUGACAUCCAACAUUGCAGAGUCUCUGAACAAUGUGGUAGGGAAAGCUAGAUCAUGUCAUAUUUUUGAAUUACUGAAGUACAUUCAUGCGAUGUUAAGUAGGUGGUUUAGUGCUAGGCGCAAAAUAUCAGGGAAGCAGAGAGGGUUGACUACGCCUGAGGUGGAUAAACAGAUGCAGAAAAAUGUGGUUGGUGUUAAAGGCAGCAAAGUUGGAACUAUCUCCAGUUGGAGUUAUGAAGUAGUCGGUUUACUUAACGGGAGGCACCAUGUACUGCUUGAUAUGAAGCAGUGUUCUUGUAAGCUGUACGAUAGAUUGAAAAUCCCAUGUGGUCAUGCAUUGCUAGCAUUGAUACGCGAGGCAUCCCUUCUGGGACUUUGGUGGCUGACUGUUACAAGACAGAAACAUGGAGAUGUACUUAUGAAGGGGUAA